CCGGAAGGUGGAAACGAAUUUCUCUCAGAGUAAUUCAUCUUCUCGACGUAGAGACCAUCUGUGUAUCUGAACAGAGUCAGCAUCCCUUAAGGAGCUGGAGUACGGAGUUCUGACUCUGGGGACAGAAAGCUGACCAGUCCCUGAAGACCUGAGAGAUCUGGAUGGUUCAUCAUUUAGCAGGAGAAACAGGAAGUGCAGACUGAAGGAAUGAAGAUAUACCGGGUGCUGAAGGAGAUGAAGCGUGAGAGAUAAUCGAGAGGGGAGAGAAAUACACACACACACGCUGUUAUUCAAUACAAACUACAUCUUCUGCUAUGGAGGAGGAAGAAGCUGCAGCUGGGGAGGAAGCAGAAUCCACGCUGAUGUACCGGGUCGAGCGUCCGGUUUACGAUGAAGCUUUCAUACGUUCAACCGUUCUCAAACGAAGAGAAAACUCCACCACGCUCCGACAGAGGCUGGCAAAGCACUUCAGGUGUUCUUCAAAGAGAGCGAAGGCAGCGGUUUUCAGCUUCCUGCCGAUCCUCACCUGGCUGCCGUCGUAUCCUGUGAAGGAGUACCUGUUUUCAGACGUGGUUUCAGGUCUCAGCACCGGAGUCGUGCAACUCCCUCAAGGUUUAGCUUACGCCAUGCUGGCUGCUGUGCCUCCAGUGUAUGGUCUGUACUCCUCUUUCUACCCCGUCCUUCUCUACACCUUCUUCGGCACGUCCAGACACAUAUCAGUAGGUACCUUUGCAGUGAUAAGUCUGAUGAUCGGGGGUGUGGUAGUGAGGGAGGCUCCGGACUCCAUGUUCUUCUUCCCGCCGGUGAACGGAUCCAACAUGUCUGCCGUCCUGGACGUGGAGGCCCGGGACGCUCGGAGGGUCCAGGUGGCCGUCGUGCUCACUACGCUGGUGGGAAUCAUCCAG